CCAGCCCAGCCUUAUCGCAACGACCAUCCCUUUCAAAGCCAGACUAUUCGCGAUCCAUCAAAGCAAAGUUCAUCAUCGAUACGAAGGAAACUGUUUAACUGCAAUAGCAACUGUACUAGUCGCUGACUUCAAUCAUCAUGGGGACGGAUGCCCGAAAAGGCGAUGACGGCACGAUCAAAGUCGCAUCCAAGAACAAGAACGGAAAGAUCAAGCUGAAGAAACCAGCGCCAAAACACAGCAAACCUGGAAACUGGAUGGAUGGUAGUGUAAUUGAGGGUAACAACAAGAAGAAGAACGGCGCCUCACCUGUGGGUGCGCCCUCACCAGGUCCUGUUGUAAACGAACUCGACGAAACUUCCCGCGAAACCUUUGCGACAGGACGACCCCUCGAAGACAGCCCCGACCUGCAACAAUGCAAGCACUGUAAGAAGAGCGUUUUGAAAACGGCCGCCAAGGCGCAUAUUGCGCAAUGCCUGCGGUUAAAGAAAGAGAAGGCUCAAAGAAAGAAAGAAGCUCGCGAAGCAAGAGAAAGGGCAAAAGAGGCAGCAAGACAAGAAGAGCAACGGAAAGAGGACGAAGAGAAUGGGGUUGAGCGGGGCGACGAUGACAGUGACGACGACGGAAUCUCAGCUGAAAAGAAAGCGACUGGAAGCAAGACUGCCAAAAAGGCCGCGGGUAAGAAACCCGAAGACGAUAAGAAGGGGAAGAAGCGCAAGGCCGAUGGUGAUCCAGACAAGGGACCCAAGAAUAAGAAGAAGAAGGAUGAGCCGAAAGCCAAGGUCCCCAAGCCAAAAGGACCUGUGGACGUGGAGCGGCAGUGUGGUGUCUUGUUGCCGAAUGGACAGCCAUGCGCAAGAUCAUUGACAUGUAAGAGCCAUAGUAUGGGAGCGAAGCGCGCAGUCGCAGGAAGAUCUUUGCCAUACGAUAUGCUUCUUGCCGCGUACCAGAAGAAGAAUCAAGCGAAGCAGCAGAAGGCAGCGCUUGAUGCCAACGCGCCGAUAGAAGAUGAAGACGAAGCCAAUAACGGGCCUGUCGACUCCGACGAAGAAACAACGGCCGUGAUGGGUGCUCUAUCACAAUGGCGCCCUCAACCUCUAAUACCACAACCCACCUUCACUCCCAUAAAACGACAAUACCAGCUCGCAAGAUUACACGAACAGCUUCAAAUGGCCACCAAUGGUGGAAGGACAAAUAUCUUUUCAGUCACUGGUUUUGGAGCACAGAAGCUUCCCGAGGGCCAUCCUGGGCUACAACCCGCUUCAGAAGAUGCUCCAGGAGAGAUAGACAUUACUGCGGGUUUUAAUAAUGCUGGGCGGACGACAGCAACAUUCACACCUCAAAGACAACCAUCAGUUUCAAGCAGAGCAUAGAAUGAAACCUUGCAGAACAGGUAAAGGGUUGAAAACAGAACCAACACACGUUCUCUGGAAGCGUAUCAAGGUCGAUUGUGUAACGGACCAUUCUUGGAGGAGAUACCAAACGCUGUUUAUUGUUUGUGACGAGGAGUAUUGUACAGCGGGGUCUAGAAGACUUGACUUUUGUAUGAGAUAUCAAUAAUGUUAUGAGUCUCCCA